GACCCAGACAAAGAUACAGAGUGGAAUGACAUCCUGCGCAAGAAAGGUAUCCUUCCUCCAAAGGAAAACCUGGAGGAACAGGAGCGCCAAAAGGAAGAGGAGCAGCUUGCCAUCCUUCAGAAGUCUCUCGUGAAAACUUAUGAGGACAUGACUCUGGAAGAGCUAGAAGAGAAUGAAGAUGAAUUUAACGAGGAAGAUGAGAAAGCUAUUGAAAUGUACAGGCAGCAAAGGAUAGCAGAAAUGAAAGCAGCUCAAAUGAAGAAUAAAUUUGGGGAAGUUUUAGAGAUUUCUGGAAAAGAUUAUGUGCAAGAGGUUACAAAAGCUGGAAAAGGUAUAUGGGUAAUCCUGCACCUUUACAAACAAGGAAUUCCUCUCUGUGCCUUAAUAAACCAACACAUGAGUGGGCUUGCUAGGAAGUUCAGAGAGGUGAAAUUCAUCAAAGCUAUCUCUACCACCUGCAUUCCCAACUACCCCGAUAAGAACCUGCCUACGAUAUUCGUCUACCUGGAGGGGGACAUCAAAGCUCAGUUCAUUGGACCUUUGGUGUUCGGUGGCAUGAACUUGACAAGGGAUGAACUGGAGUGGAAAAUUUCAGAGUCGGGUGCCAUCAAGACCGACCUUGAGGAGAACCCCAGGAAACAGAUCCAGGACCAGCUCAUGUCCUCCAUCAGGGCGUGCGUCCCAGCCAGGGGUGAGAGUGACUCAGAGGAUGACUAACUCCUGCGUCAGGAUUGAUACAGCGCGCUUGCAGCUGGUGUUCCCACCUGGAGCACUGGAGACUCUCAUCAAGAUGUUGUUGAGCCCCAGAAGGGUGGUGUUUCAAGACAGCCAUUUAUCUGGAAACUUCUAGAAACUAAAAAAGUUUUUUUU